AUUGGUCAGUAUACUACACCGGGCUCUCGCUGGCUUGCUCUCGCUCUCUCUCGUGCCUAUGGUUACCGGCGUGUGAGUAAGAUUGGGGGUGCCGACCAUCUCGACGACACCCCGGCCCCGCCAUGACCCCCUGCUCUCUUGGCGGCCUCCUCCUGCUGCUGCUGUGUCUGCUCGGGGACGCCAUCGCAGGGAGAGACUUCUACAAGAUAUUGGGGGUGCCUCGCAGUGCAUCAGUUAAAGAUAUUAAAAAGGCCUACCGAAAAUUGGCCCUGCAGCUUCAUCCGGAUCGGAACCCUGAUGAUCCACGUGCACAGGAAAAGUUUCAGGAUCUUGGGGCUGCCUAUGAGGUACUGUCAGAUGAGGAAAAGCGAAAGCAGUAUGAUGCAUAUGGAGAAGAAGGAUUGAAAGAGGGUCAUCAGAGUUCCCAUGGAGAUAUUUUUUCACAUUUCUUUGGGGAUUUCGGAUUCAUGUUUGGAGGGAACCCUCGUCAGCAAGACAGAAACAUUCCAAGAGGAAGUGACAUUAUUGUGGACCUAGAAGUUACACUGGAAGAAGUGUAUUCAGGAAACUUUGUGGAAGUAGUUCGCAACAAGCCAGUAGCAAGACAGGCACCAGGCAAACGAAAAUGCAACUGCCGACAGGAGAUGAGGACAACCCAGUUAGGCCCAGGGCGCUUCCAGAUGACCCAAGAAGUUGUCUGUGAUGAAUGCCCCAAUGUCAAGCUUGUGAAUGAAGAACGAACCCUAGAGGUAGAGAUAGAACCUGGCAUGAGGGAUGGCAUGGAAUAUCCCUUCAUUGGGGAAGGGGAACCACAUGUUGAUGGAGAGCCAGGGGAUUUGCGCUUCCGGAUAAAAGUUCUCAAGCAUCCAGUCUUUGAACGGAGAGGGGAUGAUUUAUACACGAAUGUGACUAUUUCACUAGUUGAGGCUCUCAUUGGCUUUGAAAUGGAUAUUACCCAUUUAGAUGGGCACAAGGUCCACAUUGCCAGGGAUAAAAUCACAAAGCCUGGAGCCAAGCUGUGGAAAAAAGGAGAAGGUCUCCCCAACUUUGACAAUAACAAUAUAAAAGGCUCCCUGAUAAUUACAUUUGAUGUAGAAUUUCCCAAAGAGCAGCUGACAAGCGACCAGCGGGAAGGUCUCAAGCAACUGCUGAAACAGGCAUCUGUGCAGAAGGUGUACAAUGGACUGCAGGGAUAUUAAGACUGGGGGAAACUGACUUUCUUACAGAUGAAUGAAAUCAGUGCUGUAAACCGCACUAGUUUCUUCUGGGCGUUAAUAGAACAAAAUUGAAGGGUAUUGGAGUGACCACCGAAACCUCUGUUUUUACAGUAGUGAGGUGAUUGGGACUCAUCAGAAGACAGCAAAAGAAAUUUCCUUAUUCAGGACACAACUGGUGCUUUAUUUGGAGCAGUCAGGCUCCAACAGUUGAGAAAUGUGAGGUAAUUUAAGAAAAAUACUACAUUGGAAUUCUGGUUUUAAAAUAUAUUUUGAUGUUACUUUUUCUUGCCCUUCUGAAUGAAUUUUCAUAACUUUU